CAUCACAGGGGUUUCUGGAAAGAUUCACGGGGCAUGUUUAGUAGAGAUAGGGUACAUUUGAACUAUUCAGGAAUGCAAAAAUAUGCAAAGAGCGUACGUUGUGCCAUAGGAAAGGGCCUUGCAAAAUUGUAGUAGCCAACAGAACCUUAGUUUAGUUAAGCACUUUUAGUUUCAGUACUGCACUCUCAGGAGUAGAAUUAACAUUAAAAACACACAGUUUACAGUGAAGGCCAGUUCAUCUUUCGCAGCUUAACUGCAUAUUUUAACUAGUACAGUUGGAACUAACUUCACAAAUCAGGCAUUGUUCAGUGAGAAAGUAGCAUCAACUAUCAAAUUAUCCCGGUGUAAGUACAUAUAAACAUGUCUUGGAAAAUAGUUAAUAUGCUAACAAGGGAAGUCCUAUAUAGGAUAAAUGACAAUAGUCUCCAUUUUUAUAGUGUUGGUUUAGCAAACUUAGUAUAUAAAGUGCUGUAUGAAAAUUAUGUUUCUUUGCAAAAUUAUAAAUUUGUUUUUGGUCAGUGCUUAAUCUCUGAUUUAAAUUCAAAAAUGUAAAGCUAACAUGUGGAGAUUCAACAGUAUCGGAUUGUUUGUAUGGGGCGAGUUCUUCAGUAGUGUUGGCUAUGCUAACAUGUGGAGAUCGUCUCCAGUAUUGGAUUGUUUGUAUGGGGCGAGUUCUUCAGUAGUGUUGGCUAUGCUAACAUGUGGAGAUCGUUUCCAGUACUUGCUUGAUGUAGGAAGUGAGAUCUCAGUAGUGUUAGAAUCAGCUUCAUUUUCAUUAGGCUAAUAGAGUCCAUUUCAGACUCAAUAUAAGCAUAUAUAUGGAUAUACCAUAUACUAAUUUGAGUUUAGAAAUGCAUAUAAACAUGUGUAGGCUAAAUUAGGUUCAGUUUAAUUUAUAAUGAUUCAGCAGCUGUAAUGUUUACUGUCAGUAAAAUAAUACUUAAGGUAUUCUAGUGUAUCUCCUAUUCAUUUUCACAAAAUAACCCCAUGGACAAGCUUGCUGUGCGCAUAAAUUUACUUAUUCCAGUAGACAUGCCACCAACAAGAAGGAGUCGAGUCAGUGCCCGGGCAACACCAGUGGCCCCUCGUGGGAGACCAGCUCGUGCAUCCAAAACUAACAGCAGACAAGAAAUGGCAAUCCAAAACUUAGAAGCAGCCAUUGACUAUGAUAAAUUAGCCGAUAAAGUGGCUCAAAGACUAAUGGCUGCCCAACAGAAUACUCCACCCACUCCUACUGAAACGCCCACAUUUGAACCACAGCCAGGUCCAAGCUCUUCCCAGGAUGAACAACCCAGUGCAGGAAGCUUUCUCAUGGGCACCAUGGCUGGACCCUCAACCAACCCCAAUACCCAAAACUCUGACUCUGAUGUCAUCCAACAGUUGUUAAAAGCUUCACUUGCUCCAAACACAAGAAAAAUGUACGGGAGAGUGCUCACUAACUUCAAUACCUACCACAAGCAGAAAUACGCCAAGCCUGCAGAAUAUCCACUCGACCAACAAAUCUUAGCUGGUUACAUUUCUCAUCUUUUCCAACAGAAAUAUCAGGCGGCGACAAUAGUGUCAUAUAUAUCAGUCUUGAGUUUUGUGCACAAGAUGGAUAAUCUCCCAGAUCCGACCAACUCAUUCUUUGUCAAACAAUUACUGAAAGGGGUAAAAAAUACUUGCAAAGCACCAGAUACAAGAUUACCAAUCACNACUAACAGGUUAGGAAACAGCCCCAGCCCUUUCGUUCCCAAUACAACACGAGGACCCCCUUUGGAUAUUGCAGAAAGUACAAUUCUGAAGGAGUAUGCCACUACAACAACUGCAUAUACAGGCAUUCUUGCUUCCAAUGCCAACAACAGCACCCUUUCAAGUUCUGCAGAGGAAAAGAUAAUCACAACCCAAAACAAAACCCUGCAAGCACUACCAACACCAAUAAAGGCAAAACUUCUUGAAAGAUACCUACACGGUUAUGAUGAAAUAAAUAAGAAGUACCUUAUUGAGGGCUUUAACAAGGGAUUUGCACUGGGGAUUCAGGGAACAGUCAAUCCAAAUCACGCAAAAAAUCAUAAAUCUCUGUCCAAAGCUAAAAUUGACAAGGAAAUUCAAUUAGGGCGCAUUAUGGGUCCAUUCAACGAACCUUUAGAAAAUUCAGUGAUUUUCCCAUUAGGUCUAAUACCAAAAAAGGAGGCUAACAAAUUCCGCCUGAUACAUGACUUGUCCCACCCAGAAGAAAAAUCAAUCAACUCCUAUAUCCCGGAAACAUUUUCACGCGUCCAAUACGAAAACAUUGAAAAUGUGAUUUCUUUGGUUAUUAAAUUUGGCAAACAUGCAUUAAUGUCCAUAGCAGAUAUAGCUGACGCUUUCAGGCUUAUUCCAAAACACCUUCAUCAAAUUAUAAAUUCUUAG